UGAGGUUUAUAUUCGUUUUAAUACAAAAUGGAGACAGACAGCGAGGCUAGCACUUUAGGGGAUGACAGUGUCUUUUGGUUGGAUUCUGAAGUUACCACCCAGCUGACGGAGGGGGAAGAGGACGAAAGGGGAGAGGAUUUCAGGAAGAUGAAGUCCUCAAUACAUUCUGAAGAGGAUGAUUUUGUUCCAGAACUACAUAGAAAUGUUCACCCCCGAGAGAGGCCUGAUUGGGAAGAAACACUUAGUGCAAUGGCGAGGGGAGCAGAUGUUCCAGAGAUUCCUGGAGAUGUUACUCUUAAGACAUGUGGCAGUACAGCAAGUAUGAAGGUCAAACAUAUGAAAAAGUCCACCACCCCAGGACUGAUGGGCUGUGACAACAUUCACAGGUUGCCCUUCACUAAGGGUCACUUUCCGAAGAUGGCUGAAUGUGCACAUUUCCAUUAUGAGAAUGUUGAAUUCGGCAGCAUACAGCUUUCACUUUCUGAAGAACAGAAUGAAGUAAUGAAAAAUGGCUGUGAAUCUAAAGAGCUGGUCUACCUCGUGCAGAUUGCCUGUCAGGGCAAAAGUUGGAUUGUUAAAAGAAGUUAUGAAGAUUUUCGGGUACUUGAUAAACAUCUUCAUCUCUGUAUUUAUGACCGACGUUUCUCCCAACUCUCCGAGCUGCCCCGCUCUGACAGCCUGAAGGACAGUCCAGAGUCCAUCACUAAGAUGCUCAUGGGUUACCUGUCCCGCCUUUCAGCCAUUGCUGGCAACAAGAUCAACUGUGGGCCUGCCUUGACCUGGAUGGAGAUUGAUAACAGGGGAAAUCACCUUCUAGUUCAUGAAGAAUCAUCAAUCAACACUCCUGCUGUUGGUGCUGCCCAUGUUAUCAAGAGGUACACUGCUCGGGCCCCAGAUGAAUUGACCUUGGAGGUGGGAGAUAUUGUUUCUGUUAUUGACAUGCCCCCAAAGGUGUUAAGUACAUGGUGGAGAGGCAAGCAUGGAUUUCAGGUGGGACUCUUCCCUGGACAUUGUGUUGAGUUAAUUAACCAGAAAAUUCCCCAGUCAGUGACCAACUCAGUGCCAAAGCCAGUGUCUAAGAAGCACGGCAAGCUUAUUACUUUUUUACGAACAUUCAUGAAGUCUCGUCCAACAAAACAGAAGCUAAAGCAGCGGGGGAUCUUGAAAGAGAGGGUGUUUGGUUGUGACCUUGGGGAGCAUCUUCUCAAUUCUGGUUUUGAAGUUCCCCAGGUUCUUCAGAGCUGCACAGCAUUCAUUGAGAGGUAUGGCAUUGUGGAUGGAAUAUAUCGUCUCUCUGGAGUUGCCUCCAAUAUCCAGAGACUACGCCAUGAAUUUGACUCUGAACACGUCCCCGACCUGACAAAAGAACCAUAUGUGCAAGACAUUCAUUCCGUGGGCUCCCUCUGUAAGCUGUAUUUCCGAGAGCUCCCAAACCCUCUGCUCACCUACCAGCUGUAUGAGAAAUUUUCUGAUGCUGUUUCAGCAGCAACAGAUGAAGAACGGCUGAUAAAAAUUCAUGAUGUCAUCCAGCAGCUCCCCCCGCCGCACUACAGAACACUGGAGUUCCUCAUGAGGCAUUUGUCUCUCCUAGCAGACUAUUGCUCCAUCACAAAUAUGCAUGCAAAAAACUUAGCAAUCGUCUGGGCUCCAAACCUGCUCAGAUCAAAACAGAUAGAGUCUGCCUGCUUCAGUGGAACUGCAGCUUUCAUGGAAGUGAGAAUUCAGUCUGUGGUUGUGGAGUUCAUCCUCAAUCAUGUAGAUGUGCUCUUCAGUGGCAAAAUCAGUGCAGUCAUGCAGGAAGGGGCAGCGUCUUUAUCUAGGCCCAAGUCUCUGCUGGUAUCCUCUCCAUCUACCAAACUUCUCACUUUGGAGGAAGCCCAGGCAAGAACACAAGCUCAGGUCAAUUCUCCAAUUGUGACUGAAAAUAAAUACAUUGAAGUAGGAGAAGGACCUGCUGCACUUCAAGGGAAAUUUCAUACCAUAAUUGAAUUCCCACUUGAAAGAAAGAGGCCUCAAAAUAAGAUGAAAAAGUCCCCUGUGGGCAGCUGGCGUUCCUUUUUCAACUUGGGGAAGUCGUCAUCUGUCUCUAAGCGGAAGUUGCAGCGCAAUGAGAGUGAGCCUUCAGAGAUGAAGGCCAUAGCUCUGAAAGGUGGCAGGGCAGAAGGAACCCUCCGCUCAGCUAAAAGUGAGGAGUCUCUUACUUCUCUCCAUGCAGUUGAUGGUGAUUCCAAGCUCUUCCGGCCCAGAAGACCCCGAUCUAGCAGUGAUGCCCUGUCUGCCUCUUUUAAUGGAGAAAUGCUGGGAAACCGCUGUAAUUCCUAUGAUAAUUUGCCCCAUGACAAUGAGAGCGAGGAGGAAGUAGGGCUUCUGCACAUUCCAGCUCUAAUGUCUCCUCCUUCCGCUGAGGAUGUUGACUUGAGCCCACCAGACAUUGGAGUGGCCAGCCUGGAUUUUGAUCCAAUGUCCUUUCAAUGUAGUCCUCCUAAGGCUGAGUCAGAAUGUCUGGAAAGUGGUGCUUCCUUUUUAGAUUCAUUAGGAUACUCAAAGGAUAAACCAUGUGCCAAUAAGAAGGACGUAGAAGCAGGUGGUAGCCAGUCUCAGACUCCAGGAAGCACUGCAAGCUCUGAACCAGUUUCUCCGGUUCAGGAAAAGCUGAGUCCAUUCUUUACCCUGGACUUGAGCCCACCUGAAGAGAAAUCAUCUAAGCCAUCCUCAUUUACUGAAAAGGUCGUCUAUGCUCUCUCUCCAAAGAUUGGACGGAAGUUAACUAAAUCACCUUCCAUGAACAUAUCUGAGCCAAUUUCAGUGACCCUUCCAUCUCGGGUGUCAGAAGUCAUUGGUAUCAUCUCAAAUACCGCAGCUCAGAAUGCAUCGUCUCCAACCUGGGACAAAAGCAUGGAAGACAGUGAUGUCACAAAUAGAUCCCCCACCCAGAUAGUAAAGAUGAAAGCAAAUGAGAGAAGGGCCCAAGAAGGAUGUGAACCUGAAAUCCAGCCCCUGGACCAGGUGGCUGCUGAAGAAGUAGAAUUGCCAGGGAAAGAGGAGCAGUCUGUCCCGAGCAGUCAGAGUAAGGCUGUAGCUUCUGGACAGAUUCAGACAGGAGCAGUUACCCAUGACCCCCCUCAGGAUCCCGUUCCUGUCAGUUCAGUCUCUCUUAUCCCACCACCUCCGCCUCCGAAAAAUGCCGCCCGAAUGUUGGCACUAGCAUUAGCUGAGUCUGCACAGCAAGCCUCAACCCAGACACUGAAGAGACCAGGGGCUUCCCAGGCUGGGUAUACAAAUUAUGGAGACAUAGUGGCUACUGCUGAAGAUAAGCUGCCCAGUCCCUACUCUAGUGUUGCUCUAGAUAAGGCCUAUUUCCAGAUGGAUCGACCAGCAGAGCAGUUCCACCUCCAGAACAACACACCAGGGAACAGUGACCAACCUCUCCCAGAGACAGCAGCUACUGGGGAUCCUCCCCAUUCCCAGACAACAGAAUCUGGGGAGCAGCUUCACCAAGUAGACUUACCAGGGAAUCAGUCACAUCGAAACUAUUUAUCUGGGGACCCAGAAAAGACCAGAAUCACUUCAGCUCCCUUAGCUGACUCAGAAAAGUCUGAUGAUCUUGAAAGUUUCCCUGAAUACCAGGCUGGGAAGCCUAGUACGCUGAGUGUUUCCUUUGCAGAGCAGGACCAGUCUGUGCUCCACUUCUAUAGUGGGGAUCCGCUUCCCUCCUACCUUGGUGCAAGUGUGGAUAAGCCCCAUCACCCUUCAGAACUUGCAGGCGAACCUCCCAUGCCUUCAAAUUUGCCCAGGGACAAAAUCUACCUGACUUCUGGGUCCCCUGAAGAGAAUACCAGCACAGCUACCCUUGCUUACAUGACAGCGACUCCAGCAGCAGCUGAAAUGAGCCUCAAGGAUGCCAGCAGGGCGGUGGAUGAACAGCCUACUGCUGCUGACUUUGCUGCUGCCACCCUCCAGCGCUCCCACAGAACUCAUCGUCCCCUCCCUGCACCUCCUUCCCAGAGGCCAGCAGAGCAGCUACCAGUCAUGGGGCAGGUACAAGCAGCAACCAGUAUAGGAGUAAAUAAUUCCCACAAGGUUCAAGGAGCAGUUCCAGCUCCAGAGAGGCCACCUGAGCCUCAAGCCAUGGAUGACCCUGUGCCCGUCUUUGUCAGUGACAGCAGUGCAUCUGUUCAGUGUCCCAUGGCUGCCACUGCUGCUCUCCAGCCAGGCCUACCGGAGAAGGUUCGAGAAGGCACCAGGGCCCCUCUCCUCCACCUGCGUGCUGAGUCCUUCCCUGGGCACUCCUGUGGCUUUGCAGCUCCAGUGCCCCCUACCAGGACAAUGGAGAGUAAGAUGGCUGCUGCCAUGCACUCCAGCAGCACAGAUGCCACCAGCAGCUCCAAUUACCACUCCUUUGUCGCUGCUUCAUCAGCCUCAGUGGACGAUGUGUUGCCUCUGCCACUUCCUAUCCCUCAACCCAAGCAUGCUUCUCAGAAAAUAGCUUACUCCUCCUUUGCCAGGCCUGAGGUUGCUACCGAGCCCUUUGGCCCAGAAAAUUGUUUGCAUUUCAAUAUGACUCCAAACUGCCAGUUCCGUCCCCAGAGUGUACCUCCACAUCAUAAUAAAUUGGAGCAACAGCAAGUGUAUGGUGCCCGAUCAGAGCCACCAGCCUCCCUGGGUCCUCGUUAUAACACUUACGUGGCUCCUGGAAGAAAUGGGUCUGGACACCACUCCAAGCCAUGUGGCCGAAUUGAGUAUGUUUCUUCUCUGAGCUCCUCUGUUAGGAGUGCUUGUUUCCCUGAAGAUAUUCCACCGUACCCUACCAUUCGGAGGGUACAGUCCCUUCAUGCACCCCCAUCAUCCAUGAUCCGCUCUGUCCCCAUUUCUCGGACAGAAGUUCCCCCCGAUGAUGAAGCAGCCUACUGCCCAAGGCCCCUGUACCAGUAUAAGCCAUAUCAAUCCUCCCAGGCCCGCUCAGAUUACCACGUAACUCAGCUUCAGCCUUACUUUGAGAAUGGACGGGUACAUUACCGCUACAGCCCAUAUUCCAGUUCCUCUAGCUCCUAUUACAGUCCUGACGGGGCCCUGUGUGAUGUGGAUGCCUACAGCACAGUGCAGUUGAGGCCCCUUCACCGCCUGCCCACUCGCGAUUUUGCUCUCUACAAUUCAAGAUUACAAGGCAAGCACUUGUAUAGUUACCCUGGUUUGCCUCCACGUCCUCGUACCAGCGGCACUGGCUUUUUCUCUGGUAAUGACCAUAAUGUAGUCAACAUGCCUCCGUCUGCUGAUAUAAAGCACACCUACACCUCGUGGGACCUGGAAGACAUGGAGAAAUACCGCAUGCAGUCCAUCCGGAGAGAGAGCCGUGCACGGCAGAAGGUGAAAGGCCCUGUCAUGUCUCAAUAUGAUAACAUGACCCCAGCCAUGCAGGAUGACUUGGGGGGGAUAUAUGUCAUCCAUCUGCGCAGCAAAUCCGAUCCUGGGAAAACUGGACUUCUCUCAGUGGCAGAGGGAAAGGAGGGGAGACACCCAACCAAAGCUGUCAGUCCCGAGGGAGAUGACCGCUUCUGUAGGAAGCACCCAGAGCAGGAGUUCGAUAGAGUCCUCCACCACGGGGGCUAUGGCAGCACACAGGGGGAGAAGCCAUCCCUCCCUCAGAAGCAGAGCAGCCUUAGGAACAGGAAGCUCCAUGACAUGGGGUGUAGUCUCCCAGAGCAUAGGGCGCAUCAGGAAGCAAGCCAUAGGCAAUUGUGUGAAUCAAAAAAUGGGCCACCUUAUGCCCAAGCCACUGGUCAGUUAGAUUAUGGGCCCAAAGGGAUUCCAGACACUUCUGAGCCAGGCAGCUACCAUAACUCUGGAGGAAAAUAUGCCCCAACAGGGCAGGAGUCUUUAAGACUAAACCACAGAGAGGUGAGGCUCUCCAAAGAGCUGGAGCGCCCUCGAGCCAGACAGCUGCCAGCCCCUGACAAACACUCCAGAAACUGCUACAAGGAGGAAGAGCACCUCACCCAGUCAGCGGUCCCACCCCCUAAGCCAGAGAGGAGUCAUAGCCUAAAGCUGCACCACACCCAGAACCUGGAGAGGGACCCCAACGUGCUAUACCAGUACCAAACACACGGCAAGCGCCAGAGCAAUAUGACUGUUGUGUCCCAGUAUGAUAACCUGGAAGAUUACCACUCCCUGCCCCAGCACCAGCGAGGCGGCUUCGGAGGGGCAGGCAUGGGGACCUAUGUGCCCUCUGGCUUUGCCCACCCACAGAGCAGGACAUACGCCACAGCACUGGGUCAGGGGGCCUUUCUGCCCACAGAGUUGUCCUUGCAGCACCCUGACACACAGAUCCAUGCAGAAUGAGUCCCGGGAGCAAUAGAGUUGAAGCAGCCUCUGCUGGACAGUGGACUGUUCUAUUUUUUUCAGUAACCAAAAAGAUUUAAAAAAAAAAAGUACAAAAUUUCCGAACACAUUUAAAAAACAAAUGUAUUAAAAGUAAACAAAUCACCAUCUUUUCCUCCCUCCCAAGCUUCAUUAUCAUCCUUCCAUCUAUAGACUGUCAUUUUUGUCUUUAAAAGAGAUCUGAAUGAUUGUAAAGCACUGUGUUGAAAAUCUAGUUUAAAAAAUCCGUCGCAGACCGCAUUUGCCAUAGAGGGCUAAGCUGUAAGAGCCUGAGGACUGCCUUUAACUGAAUUUGAAUUUAACUUUGUCUUUUCUAAGCGUGUGCUACCUAGUUCGAGCAGUUUACAUCUCUUUCCUGGUGUUUUUUUUUGUUGUUGUUGUUGUUUUUUUUUUUUUUGGCAUUUGUGUUCCUGUUUCCCUGCCAGUGGCUGCACAGCUGGCCCCAUUAGAGACUCCAUUCUGUUCUCACUUCAUUUUCUCUGACCAAGAAAGGGCUUGCAGAUUAAAUUAGGGUAGAGAAAAAUUCCCUUAUCCUUCAGAUAAGUCACUCACAUAAUUAGCAGCACUAUAAUUAAAAAGUAAAGAAACUAAGACUUCAAACAUUUCAUAAUAAAUACAGAGUUAUAACAUAUCAGACCAUUUAGACUCAGGCAGAACCACACUCUUUACAUUCUCAUUUCUAUACUUGGUCCACACAAGUGAAUAAGCUCAUAUCACUGCAGAGUAUUUUUUUAAAGUUAGAAUUGAAGGAAAUAUAUUAGGUUAAGACAAAGUGAAAUGCUAUUGUCAGCAAACUUGGUUAACUCAAGAAAACUGUAUAAAGGCUGUUAAUGGACUGCCUGUCUGCAGAUUUUUCCCUUGAAUAAUAAUUGGUAAAUUGUACUUCCAGUACAAUGCACUACUUUCCUAAAUCAGCAACUUUUUCUCAUUAAAAGAAAGCCAGCUUGAUUUUACUAGAUAAACACACAGUUUCUCAUAAAUGCAGAUUUACAUGUUAACUUCUGUUUCUAAACCAGAGUGCAGGUUCCCUGAAGUUCUAAGGUAGUUGUGAUCUAUCUGUUAGGAAACUGCAAGUUCCCACGAUAACCACUGGGUACACAGCCCCAUCUCACCGAUUGGAGCUCUGGGCAGCUACUGUUUACGUCCUAAGGAGUCGUGCAGUGUUUGCUUCCUUUGUAUUUUUGUGAUCACAAUCUUACUGUAAUUGUCAUUGACACCAGCAUUUCAGUAUAGCUCUUUAUAACUCUGUAGACAUGUUAAACAUGUUUAAUACCCAGGACUUUCUUUUGAAAGUUGCAUUCCUUAAAAGAGUAGGAACAGGACACCUCUCUAACCCAACUACAUUCUGUUUCCUCAGCUCCUCCCACCACAGAAACACCAAUCUAGAAAGGCAGUCCUGUAUUUGUAAAGUGAGAUUGUCAUUUCAUUCCAUAACUCAUAAUAAUACUUGAGUUUUAUACACUUACAUAUUUUAAAUGCUCAGUUGUAGAAAACAAGAGUUCAUUCCAUUUACUGGAUGGUUGCUCCUCUGGCUUUUUAGAACUUGGAAUUAUCUUUUAUUUAGAGCAAAGGAGGAAAUCUUUUAGGAGGCUAAAAUGCUGCUAUUAUUGCUGUGAAUUUGUAUAAAAUUAGAAUCCAUACCAGUCAUUUUUUUAUUUAAAAAAAGUCAUGUGAUUACUUUUUAAGGAUUUAUAUUUAGAAAAAGUUUUAAGAACAAAUUUAUAUAUGGAAAUACUCUAUAAGGUUUUCUUUUGUUCCCAAGAAUUGAUCAGAGGAAUGCAGCAAAGACCAGAGUAGAAAUCUUAAAACACCGAUUUAUGGAAAAGUCUGUGGAAGUUUAGGCCUCAUCGUUAAAAGUGCGGAUCCAGCCGAUGUGGUCAAAACAUUAGGAACCUGAUAGAAUACUUCAUCUGGCAGACAAACACAUUGGAUGAUACAGGAGUUGAGCUCUGGUGAAUAUGCAGCACUAUUUUUUUUUAACCUUAAUCAUCUUUUUAUCAAGUAGGCAACCCAUUGCCCCUUGGGGACUGUACCAGCCCUGAAAUUCUCACCAGCAGCAGUGGAGGUUAGGAAGAAGGGCUGGCAUGACACAGCUUCAGUAACUGAGGGCCCCGGACAAAACAGCAGGAGAAGUCCAGGCCAGUUUUAGUAUUUGUGGAUUUGAUCUCACACAUUGUUUACUCCAGAAACUAAAAUCUAUUUUAUAAAUGCUAAAGUUCAUUCCUCAGAAUAAUUUCUUUAUUAAUGUCCUAUGGGCUUGGAAAUAAUCAGGUAAAUAUAUUGAGUAUAGAAUAAUGAUUCAGAUUACUGGUCUAAGUGUGAAAAAUAGACUUUAGACCAAGUCUAGAGUUAACAUAUGUAGCAACAGCCUUAACUUUGGAUUCAGCUAUUUAACAGACUUUGUCCACAUCUUUCCCUUUCUGAUACUGUGGAGGUAGAAAUUGGAUGGCAGAUCACUGUGAGCCAGGUUACCUCAGCACUGUCCACCCGGCAUGUGGCUUCACAAAUGCAGAAUUGAAUGUUGUUACUUUCAGAUGCUGACAUGGAGCAUUGUGAUCAAGGAAAUGGAGCUGCCUUAUGCAUUAACCCAUAAUUCAAUUCAAUACUUUCAUAGCCUUGUCUCCAGGUUUCAUUUUUUUGGCAAAAUCCUGAUUCCACAGUUAGGUUUGAUGAAAAUAAAUAUUCCCUGGAUUUCUGGCUAAGAGCUUUGCUAAAAGCCCCAGGGGUGCCAUUUUCUUAUUAAUAAAUUUAAUCUGAGCCUUAUUUCUUAGUGUAUUUGAUUUACUUUUAAAUAUAUAUUCAUAUGUUUUAAAUGCUCAGUUUGAAGAAGUCCCUGGGAUGGUCCCAAGGGUCAAACCUGCACAUUUCUUACAGUGGCAAAGCAUUUUUUAAAAAUUUAGGGUCAGGUUGAAAAAUUCUAGGACCAAUUCUGUAAAGAGGAGGGACUGUGAAUGUGAGUGAGGAUAGAAGAGUGGUUUGUCAUAUUUGAAGCAGUAAUAAACGCAUAUGAUAUAAAUUUUGGACUUGCCCCUUAAGUUCAAGAAGGACCGUAUAAAGUCCAUUUCUCUGUUCCAGCCUUAUUGGUCACCCACUCAGAAUGUUGGCAGAGUAUCUUUCACCUGAGCAGAGGGUGCAAGGAAAUAAUGAAAGCUGAAGUAUGUCAGAAAGUUACUUACAAAUGGUUAGAGGCAUGUUAUCGUCAGUACUGUGUGUUACAGAAAUGUCAGGAAUGAUGUAUUUUAACGUGUGCAAGAUGAUAUGUUGGUGUGCACAGAGGGUCUUUUUUCCUUAUCUGAUUAGUACUGUUAAUGUUCAAAGAAUAAAAAUGGUUGUUUUACAGUUUAGAUUCUGAGAUAGCAAAACCUGAUUUUUCAACCAUGACCUGCAUGAGAGAAGCAUCCUGAAAGUCCUAGAUCAUACUUUUGAGUUCUCUAAUUUAUAUAGUGUUUUUUUUAUGUUUUAAUAUUUUUGUGAACUGGUGUAAAUUGUUAAUGCAUAUAAGCUUGUGUAUUUUUGUAAAUAGUUUUGUGAUUUAUUUCUUGCCCCAUAUGUAAAUAUUUAGAGCCUCAUUUCUUCCAGACUUAUUUGAAGCUGAGUUGUGGGUUUUGGGUUUUGUUUCCUUGUUUGAUUGGGGGGUGGGUGGGGAAAAGGGAUUUUGUACUUGGAGAUGGAGAUAUCUUGUGGUUUAAUGCAAAUGUCCCACUGAAAGCAACUCAAAUAUCAACAGAAUUAUUUCAGGUUAAAACAGAUAUUUUGUGUAUGUGUUUCCUUUUUGACCUACAGUGAAUUGUCAUGAAAUUUAUGGGGGCCAUUGACUUGGGAUAUUUGGACUAGAAGACAAGUGCUUGUAUGACAGCCUGUUAUUGAAGGAAGGGGGUUAAACAUUUCACUUCAUCUCUCUGCCACAAUGUGCUGCCUGGCCAGAUUCCCUGUGGCUCAAACCCACAUCUCCUCAGGGCCACUGAGGCUCCCUUAUCUGUCCUGGAAACCCUAGGCAGAUAGAAUGUAUCUCUGCCCUCUGCUCCUGUGCCUGCCAUUGUGCAGCUCCCAGGAAGUUGAAUUUGCUUCUUUCAGAAUCCUCCAGAUGGGGAAUCUGAAUAAAAACAUUUUAAAAGAU